AUGCCCUCUCUCGUCGAGACACUCGACUUUUAUUUCCAACUGUGCUCACUGGAAGUGACCUGCGAGACGAUGAGCGUCAUGGCAGCAACUUUGGCGAACGGGGGCACGUGCUUGGAUCCUGGCCGCUGCAUCGCGCCCAACGCCUGUCGCGAUGUCCUUUCGUUGAUGUAUUCCUGUGGAAUGUACGACGCGAGCGGGCAGUUCACAUUCUCGGUCGGCCUCCCCGCCAAGUCCGGCGUCUCCGGAAUCCUGAUCGUCGUCGUGCCGAACGUGAUGGGCAUCGCCCUAUGGUCACCACCGCUCGAUAAAAUGGGCAACUCGUGUCGUGGAGUGGCGUUUCCAAGGGAACUCGUGGCGCAGUUCAACUUCCACAACUACGACUGCCUGCUCCACACCGAGAUCACCAAGUUCGACCCACGACGUCACGAUAAUCGGAAGCAA